ACGAUCGCACCUCAUCAGCCGGCGGCGACUAUUAUUCAACCGCAUCAAUUUAGUCAGCAAGCGCACCCAUCACACCAUCAACAUGGCCAUUCUAUGGACCAUCCGCAACAACAGCAAAUACAACAGCUACAGUCGCAUCCGCAAGUACAAAGUAUCGUAACGACACACCCGCCGCACACACAGACAAUCAAUCUGAUGGGCCUGAGAAAUGUCCAAAUAGCCGAGCAAAAACCACUAACAUCGCGAAUUAAGUAUUCGCGCGGAAAAAUUAUAACUCCGCAAAGCACAACUGCCGGCAGUGUACAGAUUGUGGAAUCGCACGAAGCGGAGGAGCCACAACAUCAUCAUCAUCAUCAACUGGCCGAGGGUACCAAAUACGAAAUAAGCGAAAUCGAUCUAAAUAAUCCAUCUGCAUCUGCGGCCAUCAUCAGCGAUUUAGUGAAAUAUGCCGAGAUCGAUGACAUUGAAUUGCCAGACGGCACAAAGAUCGGCAUUGGUUUCGCACCAACCGAAAUUACGGAGCACAUCCAAACGACAGCGCCGUCGGCGGCCCACCAAAUGGGCAGCGUGGUGGACGAAGACUCGGAGCAAGCUGUGCACCAUCACCACCACAUUCAGCAUUUGCAACAAACACAAGUUCAUCACCACAUCCAUCCACACACUCAUCACGCUCAAUUACAGCUGCAGGAACAGGAUGACGCCACGACGAGCGUUGAGGCGACUAUCCUACCCGAUGGUAUUACACUGCACGAACAACCGACCAUCACCAAGAGUUAUACAAUACUAACUACUCGCCCCAUAAAGCAAGAAGGAGGAUGCGCAAGCGUCGAUGGCACAACAACGACCACAUAUGAACUUUCACUGAGCGAUUCAUCAAUGCAUCCGGAUGACGGUGAUGCCAAAUAUGUAUGCCGUCAUUGUGGCAAGAAAUAUCGUUGGAAGUCCACUUUGCGGCGACAUGAGAAUGUCGAGUGUGGCGGCAAAGAACCAUGCCAUCCAUGUCCGCACUGUUCGUACAAGGCGAAACAACGCGGCAAUCUAGGCGUACACGUACGGAAGCAUCAUCCGGAAAAACCGGGGUUGGAGAGUAAGCGCGGGCGCAAAUAAAUAAUCAAUGAUUCCCAAUGGCAAAAGAGCUUCGCGUGCGGGAGGAAAAGUUGCUGUUUGUACAAUUCAAGUUACGGAAACUUUGCCGUUUCCUUAUACUGUACAUAAUGUAUAUAUAUAUAUACGCGUUUAUGUAUGUAGGUAUGCGCAACCUGCUAUUUGCGUAUUGUGUUGUAUGUAUGUAUGUAUAGUUACUUGUGUAAUGUAGUUGACUAAAAUCGGAAACUAUUUUUGUUAACUUUGAGAGUUUGUUUUAUUUUUUUUUUUCAAAUUAUUGAGCCCAGUUAUGGUUUAAACUAAACAUAGCAAUUCGAUUCGAUUUCGGCUUUAUGUAUUGAUUUAAAAUCUUUCAUCAUUAAAAACAUACAUACUUUUUGUGGCAAUAGGACAGCUAUAAUGUAGUGGUGUGUCCAGUUAAAUCUAAGUACAGUUAUUUAAGUAGUUACAUAUAUUAUUUAAUACAUAAGAAUGUUGUACGACACUAAAAAGUACGACUAAAAGCAAUAGCUGCUAUAUUAUCGGAGGCUUGAACAAAAAGUUUUGCAGAAUUAUGAAAAGUGAUGAUUGAAGUUUAUGUUUGUAUGUAUUUAUGCAAAACUACUCCAUACAGUGUGCUGGCCUUAUUCACAGUGCGUACCCUGCAAACCAAAAUUCCCGAAAUCUUAAGGAAAUCGUUAGGAGUAUCUGAUUUCUGUAA